GGGGAAAACGGUCUGAGCAUGCGCAGAGUUAGUUUGGAGGAAGUUUUGGAUCGGCUGCGUCCUGCUUAAGUUUCUCUCCUUGGUUUCGCCUCCGGAUUGAAGUUGGAUUUAAUCUUCUUCGCAGGAAUGACUAACACGUCUGACCUGGAGCAGCUGGCAGAAAUAGAGCUGCAGAAAGAGGAGGAUGAGGAAGAGCAGAGGGCGGUUCCUGACGGUCCCAGCAGAACCGAUCCGUCCCAUCCGUACUACGAUGUGGCUCGACACGGAAUCAUCCAGGUGUCAGGAGACGAUAACUACGGCAGGAAGCUGAUCGUCUUCAGCAGCUGCUGCCUGCCGCCGUCUCACCAGCUCAACCACCGCCGCCUCCUCGAGUACCUGAAGUUCACGCUGGACCAGUACGUGGAGAUGGACUACAUACUGGUUUACUUCCACUACGGCAUCAGGAGCAGCAACAAGCCGUCGCUCAAGUGGCUGCGCGAAGCCUACGGCGAGUUUGACCGGAAAUACAAGAAGAACCUAAAGACGCUCUACGUCGUCCAUCCAACUAACUUCAUCCGGAUCGUCUGGAACAUCUUCAAACCUCUGAUCAGUCGCAAGUUUGGGAAGAAGCUGAAGUAUGUGAACUACCUGGCGGAGCUGCGGGAACACCUGAACUACGACCAGCUCUUCAUCCCUGCAGACGUCCUGAGGCAUGACGAGAAGCUGCGGGCGGCUCAGAAGGGCGGACCGCCCCCGCCUGUGAAGACGCCGCCUCCUCGGCCGCCGCUGCCCACGCAGCAGUUUGGGGUCAGCCUGCAGUACAUCAGGGAGAAGAACCGUGAGGCGAUCAUCCCACCUGUCGUGGCUCAGACUGUGGCCUACCUGAAGGAGAAAGGUCUCAGGACAGAGGGGAUCUUCAGGCGUUCGGUUCGGGUUCAGAUCAUCAAGGAAGUCCAGAAACUCUACAACCAGGGUAAGCCAGUGAACUUUGACCUCUACCAGGACGUCCACGUUGCCGCGGUGAUCCUGAAGACAUUCCUCAGAGAACUUCCCGAGCCACUGCUCACCUUCCGGGUCUACAGCCAGGUUCUGGAGCUUCUGGAUGUGGAGAGCAGCCUUCGCGCCACCAGGUGCAAGCAGAUCGUAGAGAGUCUUCCUGAACACAACUUCAUCGUGUUGAAGUUUCUGCUCUGCUUCCUGAACAUGGUGUCCCAGGAGAGCCUCAGCAACAAGAUGAGCGCCUCCAACCUGGCGUGCGUCUUCGGCGUGAACCUGGUCUGGCCUCGCCACGGCUCCAUCUCGCUCAGCGCGCUGACGCCCAUCAACAUUUUCACCGAGAUCCUCGUCGAACACUUCGCUGCCGUGUUCGGCUCCCGCUGCCCACCUGCUCAGGUGACCCCGUGACCCCACAGCUGAGGGGGCCUGAAAGGUCAAGCUGAAGAUCUGUUACACUAUCAGCACACUAAAAAAAACUAGUAAUAAUAAUAAUGCAAAUGCAAUAUGAUGAUUUUUGUUUUAUCUUUUGUACAGAAUAUAUUUAACGUGUGAAUAAAACCCAAAGUUGUCAAAUAAUGCCUGGAUUAAAACCGUUUCUGUAGCUUUACUGUAAAAAACAAGAAAUGAAAUGUUUUGUAAGUGGAAUUUAUAUUUGAUUUUAAUAAAUUGUGACUUAAUGAAGGAAAGAAAA